UUUUUUUUAAAAAAAAAACGGAAGAGAGAACGUGACAAGUAUAAAAAGGCCUCAAGUUUGUAGUCUCUUCAUAGUCCCAACUCUUUCCAUACACAGAAAAAAGCUUUCAAAGUUUCGCUGCACCGAUUUCGAUUCUCAGUUUCUACAGUUUUAUAAGUGUAUCAGACGAGUAUGGAAUCCAACAGGGGCAACCAAAAUGGAAUUCAACAACUUUUAGGUGCAGAGCAAGAAGCUCAACACAUUGUCAAUGCUGCCAGGAGUGCAAAACAGGCUAGAUUGAAACAGGCAAAGGAUGAAGCUGAGAAGGAGAUAGCUGAAUUUCGUGCAUUCAUGGAGGCCGAGUUCCAGAGAAAGCUUGAACAGACUAGCGGUGAUUCGGGUGCUAAUGUCAAACGUCUUGAUCAAGAAACGUUUGCAAAGAUCCAACACUUGAAAGCAGAAUCUGAAAGCAUCUCCAACGAUGUUGUCCAGAUGCUUCUGAGGCAGGUAACCACAGUAAAGAACUAAGAUUCAUCUCUGAAUGAUUACCAGGGUCAAGUUUAUGGUCAUUUUCUGCUGAUUCUUGGUUCUCCUGAAUUCUGGUUUUCUUGCUACACCAGUUUAAUGGUUGUUCUCCAUUUUGUGUUGUAUAUUUAUUUAUCACUAUUGGUCAUCUUGGCCCUAGUUGAAUAAAAUAAAUUAUAUACUGAUGUUCUAUGAAGACAAAUUUUGGAUAUAACUUACCCACACAAUGUGUUUAUUUCCCGAAUGAACAUAUAGUUUUUCUCAA